AUGCAUUUUAGAAUAAGCACAUUUUGUGCCAAGAAUAAUUUGUGCUCGAAAUCCGAUGCCAAGAAAUACAUUAAACAUGGUAUGUUAAAAGUUAAUGAUAAGAUUAUAGACAAGGAUAUUCUACUACCUAGUGAUUUUAAUUCUAAUAGGAUUGAAUUUAUCAAGAGAGUCAUAGAUAUACAGAAUAAUAAAAUCUCUUUAUUAUUGCACAAACCGGAAGGCUAUUCAUCUAUUUAUACUAAUCAGUCUCAUAAAUGGUCUAAAAAUUUAUUGAUACCAGAAAACCGCUCUGAUGAAGAUGUAAAAAGUAAUUUUCAACCAUCCAAACUGAAGAAUUUGAUACCAAUAAUUCCUCUAGAAACUUCUGUCAGUGGAUUACUCAUAUAUUCGCAGAAUAAAAGUUUGACAUCACUAUUAUCGGAUGUGGAUGAAGAAUAUCAUGUUAUUUUUAGAGAUAUUCUAACUGAUAAAAAAUUGUUUGUUUUAAAUGAUGAGAUUUAUUUGGAUGGAGUCUUGAUUUCACCAUUCACAGUGAAACCAAUAAGUAACCAUUCCGCUUUCAUCUCACUAAAAGGUUCAUCAAACAAGUUACGAAGAGCAUGUUUAUUAGCCGGUUUAGAAGUUAAAACAUUGAAAAGGGUACGAAUUUCUAAUGUUAAACUCGGUUUGUUGCUACCGGGUAAAUGGAAGCUUAUACGUAAUUAUGAAAUAUCAUGA